AUGCUUGCAUCGGAAGCGUGUAUAGAAGACCUGAUGAUGCAAGCUAGGAAGAUCAAGUACGACGUCAUCGGAAUGACCGAGACGAGAAGGCAUCGCGCCCUGCACGCUGUAUUUAAGACUGGAGAAGAACUGUUCCUUGGAACAUGCGACAGUAGAGGCGUCGGCGACGUAGGUGUCCUCGUCAAUACGCACUUGGCCAUAAACAUCGAUUCGUACGAAAGCUUAACAACCCGUAUCGGAUGUUUCGAUUAA